AUGUCUUGGCUCUUGCAAAGCUCUCCCCCAGGUUACGCAGACGAACAGCUAUCUUUUCAUCUCUCUUCUCUCUCCACUCUACCCCUCUCACAGUCUUCCGACCUUGUCAUCGCAGAGCAGGAGUUUCAUCCCUCUCCCGCACUUCAAGUCGCCCUGCAUGAUCUGUCUUCUGGCCCAGUCACACAUACUCGACUCAUUGAUAUUCUCAAAUCUCUCGAGUCAUCCGAUGGCAGCUCUACCAAUGGACUCAAUCCAGCAGAUCAAUCGGCUCAAGCGGAAGCUGUGACCCGAGCGGUAACCAUGGUGUGGAAAGAGGUGUUGCAGAUGUAUGUGCAUGGGGCAUUGCAACUUGAGGAGGAGAGGAUUUGGUGGGAUUCCGUUCUCUCAAGUAGGCGUGGAGUAGCGGUCUACCUUGUGCAAACCCUACCUCACCGGAUCUUCAGGCUUUUACCCCCCGUCUCGUCCAUGUCCCUACAGUCGCUACACAGUCUCCAGUGGCCUUCAUUGACCAGCCUGUACAGACCAAUUCAACCCUCUCCAUCAGCCGCUCUGAACGCUAUCACCUCGCCGUACCUUCUGACCCGAAGAGAGAUGUUGGCAUCUCGCAAAGCUCUCGAAACAGCUCGAAACGAUGCCGCGAGGAAAGUGGGUGCUCUUGCGUCUCAAGGUCCUCGAUGGUCCUCAAAAUCAGAAGUGAGCCCUCGGACGUUCACUCCUACUGAUAUCAAUUCGGAAGUCGGACGCAUCCAUGGACUCAUAUGUCAAGCUCUCAACAUAAGCCUCACGACUUCUACCACCACUAAACGUCCUCGAUCAUCCACUAUCACUCCUCCUUCAAGUGGAUUUGUCUCCCAAGUGACUCCCUCUUCUCUUUUAGAAAUCCUCACCUCUCACUUACCCCAAGCUCGAGCCGAUAUCGACGCUAUCUUGACCACACAUCAUCGACCUUCCACUUUGACACGGCUCUGGUUCCCCCUUUUGUUUCUUCCCCCAACCUUGUACUCGGCGGCGUCAUUGAUCGUACGCAACAAAGAAUGGAUGAGACAACAAGUACUCAAUGCUCGAGAAACAGUGAGGGGGUUCGUCAUACAAUGGGUAUGGGAGCCGUUGGAAGAUAUAGGAAAGACCAUUCGCGGAGGCGGCGAAGGCUUAGGCGUAGCACCUACCACAGUGAGGUCGGAUCAGGAGAGUCUGGAGAGAAUGGUGAUGGACCUAGGGAGGGAUUACUAUAAGCUCGACGGUUCAGCUUUGCAAGCCUUAGGUGACAAGGUCAGGAAUGGUGAUAUGGAAGAGGUGUUAAGAGUCUACGAGAAAGAGAUGCAAAGUCCACUGAAGAGUGCAUUGUUAGGCAGUCUUAUUAGAACACUUCUUAUACAGGUGCAGAAAACGAAGACCGAUCUGUCUCUGUCACUACUUUCCCUUGACCAUCUGCUACGAUCACAACAGCUAACGUUCGCCUUUGUUGGUGUUGCUCCUUCUGUUUUGAUCCUCUACGGACUGGGAGGAUGGCUGCGUGGAGUAUACAGAGGAGAAAAACGAGGUAAGACUCGACGUCGCAGGUAUUUCAAUGGGAUGCGGUCCGUCGAUCUCGAAAGACUACUGAUAACAUCCCCCAAGUCGGAGGAGAAGAUGUCCGACGAGGCACAUGGAUUGUUGAUCGUGUCAGUGAGUGGGAUGCGGACUUGGGCAGCGGGGCUGGGCGGAGCAAGUCGAGAAGCCUUCUUGGAGGACUUGCGUAUGGUGGAGGAUACAGAGCUGCUGAGACGAGACAAGCUUAGGGUAUUGGAUCGUAUAUGGCGUUGCUGGGGGAUUGACGGUCGUCGACAGUGA